AACCUAAGCAUCAUCUUCUUUCUAAUUUCUUUCUCAAUCAUAAUACCAUUUCAUAUAUAGACGUGUGUUUUCAACAUAUGGAAUCUAUCAAUGAAGCGCCUGCUAGUGAUCUAAAGCUUCCAUUCAUUGACUUCUCAUCAGAGCCUGAUCUGAAACAAGGCACACACUAUUGGGAUUCCUUGAAAUCCCAAGUUCGGGAAGCACUAGAAGACUAUGGCUGCUUUGAGGCUUCCUUCGACAGGGUUCCUAGUCGGCUUCGAACUGAUGUUUUCGGUUCACUUGAAGAUCUCUUUGACCUGCCUUUGCCCACAAAACAAGGAAGUACUCUUUCUCCGAGGCAUAUCUCCGAAGUUACUUCGGGCGUCAUCCAGGGAACCCCUUCCUUGAGAGCUUUGGGCUAAACCAUCCUGAUAUGCUUGACGUGGUCGAGAACUUCUCCAGUAGAUUAUGGCCUCAAGGAGGAAACACAAGUUUCAGGUGAUGUAUAUAAUUUUCGUGACCACUCAUCUUAGUACUACUCUCGUUCAAGAACGUUUAAUUUCGUAGUCCUAAUGAUUUUAAUUGCCCCGUUUAAAAUUUCUACACCUAUAUAUAAUUACACUAUGGAGUUCUUUUCAGUGUCACAUAGCUAGAGACUUGUGUACAUUAUUAUGAACUAUCGGAUGUCAUCUCAUAUCAUGUCAAUAACUAAUAAAAGUAGUUUAAUAAUUUUGAUGCUUGCAGUAAAAACAUUCACUUAUUGGCUAAGAAGGUGUGUGAACUAGAUCAAAUUGUGAGAAGAAUGAUACUUGAAAGUUUUGGCCUUGAGAAAUAUGUGGAUGAACACAUGAGUUUUACAAAUUACCAUUUGAGGGUCAUGAAAUACGAAGUAAUAGCAGCUUCUUCCGAAGCUGCACUAGAUCCCAAACCUGUGUUGAAAGUCCAUACUGAUAAAAGUAUGAUUACCACACUCGGCCAAAAUGAGGUUGAUGGAUUGGAGCUUCAAACCAAGAAAGGUGAAUGGGUUAAAUUCAAACCGACUUCUCGUGGCACUUUUGUUGUCUUGGUUGGCGAUUCUCUCCAUGUAAGUAACUUCCCUAUGCCCUGGUUCUUUAAUUUUAUUUGAUAUGACGAGUUAGCUAGGACACAUGCAUUCAGUAUAUCCUCGAGAAAAGCUAACAUACUCAUAAAGUAUGUGAUUGAGGACGUAUUUCAAUGUAUUUGAAUGAAUUAUACUUUUUUAUCAAAUUAAUUUUAGGAUUGUUGGGUUUAGCGACUCAGGCUCAAAAUUUACCCAUUAGAUAUAAAGAUAUAUUCUCAUAUUGCAAAGGUAGGCAAUUCAUGACCCAUAUAUCCGUCUAUAUGAGUGGUGUCUGUGAUAGCAUUAUAAUUAUAACUUUAGUCCUUCAACAUCAAGUGAGUCAAUAUAGCUUAUCUAAACACGAAAAUUUAUGUUUCAUAGGACAAUUUGCAAUUAGAUAGUUCAAAAGAAAUUCGUUUUAUUAUUUUAAAAAAUAUUUGCACCACAUCUUAGUUCUGGAACAGGAAUUUCGACAUUGAUGGGACAGUUCUAUAAAAAUUUAAUGUGAGUUUUAAGAUAGUGACAACAAUCAAACUAAGUUAUAACCUAUAUAAUUUGUGAAUUUCAUAUUUUCUGUAGGCAUGGCUGAAUGGUAGGGUUCAUAGUCCCGACCACAGGGUAUGGUUGUGUGAAAAUGAUAAACUGAGAUAUUCCUUCGCGCUCUUCGCAGUUCCAAAAGCAGAGAACACUAUAAGAGCGCCAGCAGAGUUGAUUGACGAACAACACCCCUUGUUGUUCAAACCCUUUACCCACAAGCAGCUUCUUGCCUCGACUUUUAGCGAAGCUGGUCUGAAAGAGGCUUCUCCAUUACGUGCAUUUUAUGGGCUCUGAAAACAUUUGUAUAUUGCAACAGCUACCAUGGGUCGGUAAGGGUUGGUUGUAGGAGGCUACGGUGUUCUCCGCCUUCCUCUGCUAGGGUUUCAGCUCCGUUUCUUUGCUUCAUCGGCCAUGGUUCUGGAGGUGGGGUAGGUAGAUGCAUCCAGAAGCUCCAGCGGUUGAGAAGCAUAUGCAGUUAGGGUUUGAGUUGUGAUCUCUUGUUUGGACUCCUUGAUUUGGGUCCUAUUUGGUAUUCAAUCGGGUUUGGGGCUUUGGGAUUGAAGUUAUUUCUUAUCUAUGUUGUAUUGCGUGUUGAGCUUUUCUUUUGGGUAUGGCCCAUUUGCAAUCUAACUAACCACUUUCAAAAAAAAAAAAGUACCAUGCACAAAAACUGUUUGUCUUUGUUGGGGUGAUCAAGGUGUAAUAAGACUAAGAGGUAUGUUGUGGUACCUUUGUGUGUACUUCAUAGACUGAAAUUAUUGACUACUAACAACUAACCCCACAAACCUUGAGAAACAACUAUAAGCCUAUAACCACUAACAACUAGUCUAACCCUCUAAACUACCACCUUACGUGACCUCUAUGACAGCCAAAACUCUCAAUACUCAUAUGACUAGACCCAACUCAAUUGGCUAACCCAAAAUGAUUAGAUGACAAAUGGAUUGGAUUCGUGAAUUGACCGAGUAUAUCAAAAUAAUUCUAAAAGAUAUAUCAGUGGGGGAACCAACAUUCGAAAGUACUUGUGUCAUCUUCUCAGGAUAUAAAGUUUAAAUAUUUAUUUAAUAAUAUAAUUAAAAAAUAUCCAAAUAAUUCAUUUGUAGAGAAUUAAGGAAUAACUACUACCACAAUCAACAUUGUUUUAAAUAAUUUAUUUUGUUGAAAUCAAUAAUAAAUGUCACGUCUUCCUUACUUAUAUAUACUUUUUAAAGAGAUUUAUUAUGUAUUGAUCAAAUUAAUAAUAUUUCGCGCAUAAUUGAAAUCUAUUUAUGCAACAAAAACAUAUGUAUACUAUAUAUAUCUUUUGAUUUCUUAUUAAAAAUUAAAAAGAACAUAUUGAACAUCAUGGCAAAACACCGAGUUAAAAAUUGUGGAAGAAGCCAUCUAAAGUUUUUUUUUUUUAAUGAAAAGCCUGGUUACCCACACUUUACGUAACAUAUGAAAAGCCUAGUUACCCACACUUCCGUAAUGAUUUCACACUUUACGUAACAUAUGAGUAAUAUGCGUUACAUAAAAUGGCAUUUCAUUACGUAAGACUUUCGUAAUGACAUUUUACAACUGUUACUAGAGGUGGCAAUUUCAAUUCAAUCCACCAAUCCAAUCCAUCAAUCAAUUAAAAAUAUCCACCUAAUCCAAUCAAUUUAAAUCCAAUCCAUUUGAUCCAAAUCCAAUUGGAUUGGUGGAUUCAUGGAUUGGAUCCAUGGAUCAUUGACAAAUUACGGUUUAGUACCUAUAAUUUUUAUUUUAUACAUUUUGGCACCUAAAAUUUAAUUUUUAUACGAAAAUAUCAUUGGAAAAAUUACAUUUUGGUACCUAAAUUUUUUCAUUGUGACAUUUUAGUACCUAAACUUUUUACAUUUUACAUAUUGGUCCUUGGUUGAGGAUGUCAUUUGGAUUCAUGGAUAAUCCACCAAUCCACUUGAUCCAAUCCAUUAGAUCAAAUUCAUUUGAUCCAUGGAUCAACCAAUCCAAUACACCAAUCCAAUCCAUUUGCCACCUCUAACUGUUACGUAAAAUACAGAUCCAUUAUGUAAAGGUUACAUAAUGAGUUAUUCUAUACGUAACAGUUACAUUGAAAGUGUUACGUAAGACUUCCGUAAUGACUUAGCACUUUACGUAAGACGACAUUAAUACUCAUUACGUAACAAAGACUUUCUAUAACGUAAGGCUUCCGUAAUGACAUUGUACAACUGUUACGUAAAAUAAACAUUUGUUACGUAAAGGUUAGGGAAUGAUAGUUGUUUCUUACGUAACAAUUAAAUCGAAAGUGUUACGUAAGACUUUCGUAAUGACUUAGCACUUUAUGUAAUGCGAGGUUAAUACUCAUUACGUAAAACGACCUUCCAUUACGUAAAGGUUACGGACGAUAGUUAAUUCUUACGUAACAGUUAAAUCAACAGCGUUACAUAAGGCUUCCGUAAUGAAUUUACACUUUACGUAAUGCACUGUUAGUAUUCAUUACGUAAAAUAAGUGUCCAUUACGUAAGGCUUCCGUAAUGAUGUUUUACAACUAUUACGUAAGAUUACCAUAAGUUACGUAACCAUUACGUAAUGUCUAUUGUAUUUUACGUAAUGCGACAUGUAAAACCCGCUAUAGCAGGUAAAAAAUUCAAGUUACCUUACUUCAAGUUACCGUAGGAAAUCCCAUCCAAUUUAUAGUUUUGGUAGUCUAAAUUGGAAAUCCAAAAGAAAAUGAUUACCCAAUUAUAAUGCAACUUGUUUCUUAUUUUUUAUAUGAAACAAACAAAAAAGUGAAUUAAAGUGUAUAAUUGGGUUGAAGAUAGUUAAUGAAAUGUUUGAUUGUUUUUUAUAUAAUCAUCUGGAUCCAAGAUCCAGUUAGACUCAUUUGGAUUAGACCCAAAUAAAACACAAGAACCAAUUCAAACUCAACCCUCACUGAAAACCAUAUAAACUGCAUAUGGAUCCAUAUGAGUCAUGUCAAUUGAAUCAAAUUACUCAAUGACUGAUCCAUUGUCAUGUAACAGAGUGAACCUCAAACCUUAAUUAGUUCUCUAAACUCUGUACCACAAGAUCAACAUAAUAAAAAACAGUAACAGACAAUUCUGACUCUUCGAACUACAUCGAAAUACAUCAUGCAGUCCCUAAAAUUGGGUCGAACAUAUGUAUGUAUGCAAAUUGCAAGUCUUACGAUACGAUUUGACUCAUCAACCACAAAAACGGUUCGAUGUGGUUUGGAGUAGUUUGACAGCACCAAUGAAGUCCACCCCUAUUUCUAUCUCACCCCGUGUAGUAAAAGGUUGUUUUGUCGUCUGAAGCACCUCCUCUAGAGGGUUUAGGAUAGGGUCAGUAACCAUUGGUUACUCACCUAUGAGUAACUAAAUCUGGACCUUUAGAUCUAAGUGGGCCCAGAAAAUUCAGAUCUAAGGGUUGUCAAUUUAAGGCAUUUUAUUUUUCCUAAUUUUUUUAAUUGGCUCUUAUCUUCUUCGUUCUAACUCGAAUUUUAAUUUCUAUUGCACAGAUGGAACGAGUUCAUUGUGCUCUACAAAAUGAUAUCAAUUUUCAAUAUAUUUUGAGAAUUUUUUUUAUCAACUACAUACCAUAUGGUAACUUCUUCAUUUUUAAGUCGUUUUUUGAAAACACUUGCUCAGAAGGAUCGAGUUCAUCAUGAUUUAUUGGAUCUAUAAAUUUCUAGGUGAAAAAUAUACUGGAUAAAAAAUUAUCAUACUUUACCACUAUGGUAUGUGGGUGGUAACUUGUGGUAAAUAAUGAUGAAAGUCGUAAAUAACAGUUAGUAUACUCCUACUAUCAUGUAUUUAACCUUCUUACCAUAUUGGUAUGUUCAUACCAUCAUGGUGCUAUUUAAUACCAUAUGGUAACGACUGGUAAAAAAUUAUUCAAUUUAUUUUUGUACUAAAAAUAUAUCAAAGUGGAUAUCAUUUUAAAGAGCACAUUUAAUCUGAUUUAUCUGUGCAAAAAAAUUAAAUUUCGACUUAAAACGAGGGAGAAAUCGUCCGCUAAAGAUUAAAAAGGAAAAAUAAAAGACCUUACAGGAGAGAGAAGAUGCUAAUGUCAUGCUGAUGUGGACAGGUUACUCAUAGUUACUGACCAUUGAGUUACUGACUUGAUCCGUUCCCCUCUAGAAAAUAGAAUCAACGACUUAGCCAUUUAACUAAACCAAAGAGCUUAGUCGUCACCUAAUCUGAAUUAUCCAUCUACAAGUAUAGUCACAAGCCGAUGGAAUAAAUUCAAAGUCGUUGU